AUGUUAAAUGAAAAAGACUCAUUAGAAUAUCUCCCAAUCUAUUUAUUUCUUUUUCUGAAUGAAAAAGGGUCUAGUUUAUAUAAUGCUUAUGAUCAGAAUAAAGUGAAAAAUAAAUUGUCAAAAACUUUAAGAGUUGUGAUUGAUAUAGAUACUUCAGGCGAAGAUAUAGAAAUAACUGAAAACAUUCUCAAUGGAUUAGUUAUUGCUACAUCUUCAGAUUCUAAGCAGUGUAGCUACCAUAUUUUAUAUGCAUUAGCUCUUCUUAUUGAUCAUUACGAACUCAAAGCAUUUACUAAAUUAGUAUAUACUAUAUCUGCAAAAAAAGGUUGUGUGAAGCGCAUUCUUGAUUAUGCUAGGGUUCAACCACCUUCUAGUUUAGAACUUGAA